CACCGGCGGAGCUGCAGCUACCAGGACUUGGAAUACAAUCAUGAAAAUGCUUCGGGAUUCAGAGGACGCAAAGGCCGGCAGAAAGAGUCUCAAACCUCAGGUGGAGAGGCGUCGACGGGAGAGAAUGAACCGCAGCCUGGAGAGCCUGAAGACUCUUCUGCUACAGAGACAGGAAGCGCCUCAGCGCCGGGUGGAGAAAGCUGAGAUACUCGAGCACGCGGUCCUCUUCCUGCAGAACACUAGAAGAAACGGUAGAGCUGAAGGUGCUGGUGGAGGUCACAAACACCUCCAAGACGGCUUCUCUACCUGCCUGCAGACUGCGGCUCAGUUCCUGGGCCCCGAGGGGAAAGGCCUGUGGCUCGGAGCCGCACUGGACGCGUCUCUCGCCGCUCGCUUCGCCCGCUCAGACUCCGACCCCGCAGGCGCCCAAAGAAGAACCGAAGCUCGUUCCGCCUCCGGCUCCCUUCUUCUCAGGAAGUCCUCCAGGUCUAUUCUUCGGUCGCUGAUGCAGAGAUCCGGGCACAGACUGUGCACGCCUGCCCUCACCACUGUGCCAAAUUGUGUCCAGACCCGUGGGGAAUCGCAAAGCUCUGCCACGUCAACGCCCCUCCAGCCGCACAAAGUGGCGAGUCGAGCGAGCAAACAGAGCGCGUGCCCGAACCAAGCGGUCAGCCAGUCGAUGUGGAGGCCGUGGCCCUGACCCCCACGCAGUGACUCCAGAAACUGAACUUUGAAUGACUAUAAUGCCGAUUAAUAUCCACAAAAGAAGAGCGUGUUGUUCACCUGUCGUUCUACAAGGACAUGUUCAACGUGUUGAACUGCGGCCUCUCCUGCUUCUCUGUAAAGUCUGAUCCAUGUGUAGAUAUUGUAAAUCUGUUGUGACCACACCUAUGCUGCUACGG